AUGGAUGAUCACAAGAAAAAAACAUUGGAACCAAAACCUAACUUAGAGGAACUAUACCAAGGCAUCCCAGAUGAGUCUGUUAAUCUUACCUUUCAAGACUUACCAAAUGUUAAGAAAAACACCACAACAAAUAUACAAUCCCCUUCUCUCUCACCUAUGAAUAUGUCACCUACUCAUGAUUUAAAAAAAGGCUUCAAGGUAUAUUCAAAUCAUAACUAUAAUCAUCAUCAAGAUUUUGGUCAUAGAGGUGUUGUUGGUCCUAAAAGUACUCAAAGUAAUUUGGGUUAUGAAACCAUGAGUGGUGAGUCGAGUUCGGCUUCUGGAAAAGGUGGUGUUGGUCGGAGAAGACGACAAGGGAUUCCUCACUCUAAGAUUUGCACCAUUUGUAGUAACUACGUUUAUUUUUUCAGGACAAGAUGUUUGGUAUGUGGCAGGGUUUAUUGCAAGCAGUGUGUGGAAAUAGGUAUGGGAGAUUUAAGAGAAGGAAGAAAGUGUGUUAAUUGCCUUGGACUGAGAUUCAGCCAAAGGUACAUAGAAAGAGCAGGGUUACUAGGAUGUUUGAAUUGGAGGUAUCCAAGCACAGUAAAGCAGACAGAACUCAAAUGGGCUGAGAAAGGACCAAGGAGGAAUGGUGACAAAGGCUAUGGUCAUCAAUCAAGACCAACUACACCUACAACUCCAACAAGUCCUUUCUCUAUUGCUAGCAGUGAAGCCUCAUUUGCCAUGUCUGCAACUUAUUCUCCAUUCACUCCUCAUCAUCAUCACCAUCACCAUCACCCUCUCUGA